CCUUAUUAAACGCCAUUUUACAGCGCAAUCAUUUCGCGCUGUAUCUCCGAGAGAGCCGAGACGUCGCUCCCUCGAAGCCCGCUCUCUGCACCGGGAGCAGAAGAAGGGAAGGGAUGAAGAGCUCCAUCCCUCUCCUCCUCGCCUUCUCCUCCCUCUCCCUCCUCUUCCUUCUCUUCCUGUCAUCCAAAUAAACCUUUUCCCCCCCUCUGAUCUCCCUCUCCUCCUCAUCCCAAAAACCUAGCUCUCCAUCGCAACCCCGCCUCAAGAUCUUCGUCGCCGACCUCCCCAGAUCCUUCAACUACGGCCUCCUCGAUCGCUUUUGGUCCCUCUCCGGCAUGGACUCCCGGAUCGGGGUCGACCCCGACGCCGAUCUCCGCGCCGACAUAUCCGCUUUCCGCCGGCGCUCCCUCGAGCGCCCGCCGUACCCGGAGAACCCCCUCAUCAAGCAGUACAGCGCCGAGUACUGGCUGCUUGGGGAUCUCGAGACGCCCGAAGGGUUGCGAGGGGCGUCGUUCGCGGAGAGGGUAUAUGAACCAGACGCAGCAGACGUGGUUUUUGUGCCGUUCUUCGCGACGCUGAGUGCGGAGAUGGAGCUCGGGUGGGGGAGGAAGUUGGGGUUCAGGAAAAAGGAGGGGAAUGAGGAUUACAGGAGGCAGAGGGAGGUGGUGGAUCGGAUCAGGGGCUCGGAAGCCUGGAGAAGAUCCGGUGGCCGGGAUCACAUUUUCGUCCUCACAGACCCAGUUGCAAUGUGGCAUGUUAGACGUGAGAUAGCUUCAGCUAUACUUCUAGUGGUUGAUUUUGGUGGCUGGUACAGGCUCGACUCCAAGUCUUCAAAUGGUAACUCUUCGCAUAUGAUACAACACACGCAGGUGUCAUUACUUAAAGAUGUAAUAGUACCUUAUACACAUCUGCUCCCUAGACUUAAAUUGUUGGAGAAUCAGCAUCGAGAUACCCUUCUCUACUUCAAAGGAGCUAAACACAGGCAUCGGGGUGGAUUAGUUCGUGAAAAAUUGUGGGAUUUGCUUGUUGAUGAGCCUGGUGUUAUCAUGGAAGAAGGUUUCCCAAAUGCAACUGGUCGUGAGCAGUCAAUAAAAGGGAUGCGAACCUCAGAAUUUUGUCUGCACCCUGCAGGAGACACACCCACCUCUUGUCGCCUCUUUGAUGCUGUCAUGAGUCUCUGCAUACCAGUCGUUGUCAGCGACAACAUCGAGCUUCCAUUUGAAGGAGUGGUGGACUACACACAGUUUUCAGUUUUUGUGUCAGUCGGCAAUGCUUUGGAACCAAAGUGGCUUGUGAAUUAUUUGAGGAGUAUAUCCAAAGAGAAGAAGGACAGGUUCCGUAUGAACAUGGCUCGUGUUCAGUCAAUCUUUGAGUAUGAUAAUGGCAGCCCAAGUGGUGUGGGUCCCAUACAACCAGAUGGUGCUGUGAACCACAUAUGGAGAAAGGUCUAUCAAAAGCUCCCAAUGAUUCGAGAAGCAAUAAUCCGAGAGAAGCGAAAACCACAGGGUGUAUCGAUUCCGCUCCGUUGUCACUGUACCUGAUAUAAUUUUGUUAUUGUCCAAUUCCUGGUGGUGAGAGAACCUUGUGCAUAUUUUCUACUUAAAGAAAAAGGUAAUCUAUUCAGAUUU